ACACGAGGGCGGAAUCUAACCGAACAAAAAGAUCCCAGCAUCUCAAGACUAGUAGUGAAAGUGUGAUCGUUGUGAGAAUGGGAAAACGUGUGCGAGAGAAGAAAACCCGCGUUGGACCAUUCAACGCGGGUCAGAAACCGUCUCUCUUCCAUCGGUGAAUCGAUUACUUCCUCGCUGAGCCAAAGCAGCAGCAACGUCCGUCGAGCGGAGUGCUAGCGAGAGUGCGACGAAACCGCGAAACAGUUCGUCGGCAAGUGUUGAUCGUAGUGGACGCUUGAAGAUAGCGUGGUCGCGAUUCAAACGCUGAUCUCACACAGUUGCCAUCGGUUUCCCCGUGCAUCGAUAGGCCGCUGAUUCAUUCCCUCGUUCUACCUGUGCUGUAAAUGCUUCGAGACGUUUAAACACCAUCACUCAAACUCAGCAAACGGCUGCGAUCAUGCUGCGAACCGUGAUAGUGGUAGCGAUCCUGGCUUUGGCGCAGGGCGCACAGGCAUACCGGGUGCUCGGACUGUUCCCUCAUCCCGGCCAGAGUCACUUCCAUUUCUUUCAGCCCAUUCUGAAGGGAUUGGCAGAUGCCGGCCAUGAGGUGACGGUCGUCAGUCACUUCCCGGAGAAGAAUCCACCCCCGAACUACCACGACAUGCCGCUCGAGGGCAUGACUUCGCUGUCGGAUUCGGUCAGCUUUGAGCUGUUUGAGUAUCGGCCAGGUUUCGGACAUUUCAUGGAGUUUUUCAUGCUGUACACCUGGGGCAAGGAAGCGUGCGCCAAUGCGCUCAACUCGACCGCCAUCCGGACGGUGCUGGAGUCGAAGGUCCAGUACGACCUGAUCCUGGUGGAACAGUUCAACAGUGAUUGCAUGCUCGGCAUAGCGCACCAGCUGAACGCACCGUACAUCGGGCUGAGCAGCUGUCCGCUGAUGCCCUGGCACUACGAUCGCGUCGGCAACCCGACCUUGCCCGCGUACGUUCCGGCGCUCUUCAUGGGCUACACCGAGCGGAUGGAUUUUUCGCAACGGUUGGCCAACUGGAUUACGGUCCAAUCGUUCAAGGCGCUCUACAGCUGGUUCAACGAUGCCGCCGCCAACAAGUUGCUGCGCGAACGGUUCGGCGAGGGCGUAAUACCGGACGUGCGCGAGUUGCAGCAGCGCACCGCGAUGAUGUUCGUCAACCAGCACUACUCGCUGAGCGGUGCGAAGCCGCUCAGUCCGGCGGUGCUGGAGAUCGGCGGGAUCCACAUUCGCGACUUUAAACCGUUGGACGCCGAUCUGCAGCAGCUGCUCGAUACGGCCGAUCACGGUGUGAUCUACAUUAGCUGGGGAUCGAUGAUCCGGGCCGAAACGCUGCCGGCCGAGAAGCGGGACGCUAUCCUGAAGGCGCUGGGACGCUUCAAGCAGCGCGUCAUCUGGAAGUGGGAGAACGAAACACUCCCGAACCAACCGUCGAACGUCCACAUCCGGAAAUGGCUCCCCCAGCGCGAGAUUCUCUGUCAUCCCAAGGUUCGGGUAUUCAUGAGCCACGGUGGACUGCUAGGAUCGUCCGAAGCCGCCUACUGCGGUGUACCGGUGGUGGCAACACCGAUGUACGGCGAUCAGUACAACAACGCAGCUGCACUGGCUAACCGUGGUAUGGGCGUGGUGUUGGCCUACGAAGACAUCACCGUCGACUCCGUGUACGACUCGCUCCGGAAGGUGCUGGAACCGGAAGCGAUGGAAAGUGCCAAGCAGGUGUCGUUCUCGUACCGUAAUCGCCCCAUCAGCCCGUUAGCGUCGGCCGUCUGGUGGUGCGAGCAUGUGGCCGCUACCGGCGGACUUCCGCUGGCGCAGUCCUACUCUAGCGAGCUGCCGUGGUACUCUUACCACCAGUUCGACGUGUACAUCGUCACGAUCACCUUCCUGGUGCUGUAUCACUCGUGCUGGAUCUGGCUGUUUAAGCGAGUCUGCUGCCGUGGUGUGUCCGGUUUCAGCGAUCCAAAGCUCAAAACAAACUAACGUGGCACGUGGCAGCUGUUCAUCCUCAUCCUCAUCAAUCUCAUCAUCACCGCGGUGGUUCUCAUACGUUAGCUAUAAGCGUUUCUUUCCGUUCCUUUCACGGCAAAAAAAAGCACAACGCUCUUCGAGAACGCAGUUACGAUUACGUUGUUUAACAACCACCACAAGUUUUUGUUUUUAUUACGAAAAAGAAAAUGCACAAAAGAAGGUAGUGCAUCGUGCAGGAUAUACAAACUUUGUCGUCGACCGGAUAAAAUAAACGAAACAUAAGC